CGUGGUAACAUAGAUGACAUUGACAGAGCUAUCAGCCUCUAUUGCGAGGCACUGACAUUGCGCCCACCUGGGCAUCAAAAUUAUGACACCGCACUCAACAACCUUGCCACUGCACUCAUAACCAGAUAUGAUAAAUUGUACACCAGCAAGGAUUUUAACGAGGCCAUCUAGCUGUACCGUGAAUCCCUUCAAUUAACACAGCUCGACGAUCCAAUGCGCCGUAAAAAUCUUUACAAUUUGAGCUCGGCACUCUGCUCUCGUUUCACUCAAACUCGGCGGAAUGAAGAUGUUGAGGAGGCUAUUAGGCUCUGCCAAGAAUCAUUGGUGGCUUUGACUUCACUCCACCCAGAUAGAUGCUCCAGCCAUGUAUGGCUGAGGGCAGCCUAUCUAUCUCGUUACGAGAUGCAACACAACCCUGAUGAUUUGUCACUGGCAGUGGAGCAUUUAUGGCAUCACGACAUCCCACUCGAGGCUUUUCAAGACGCAUUACUCAGGCAUACAAGUGGACUGUCGCGGCAGAGAGGUACAGUCAUGAAUCUGCACUGGAGGCCUAUACAACAUAUUUCGAGCUUCUUGACGCUCAUUUGUCAACACGAUCAUCCACUAUUUCGCGGCGCGGAGCUGUUGCCGCCUUCCAGUGUGCCAGAACACUCCCUGCAGAUGCAGCGUCGUGUGCCUUACGCCGUCAUGAACGACAAAAGGCUGUGGAACUCGUGGAGCAGGGCCCACACCCGAAACUAGCUCACAACUUUUCAGAGCCCAGCAAGCGCAUUUUCAACACCACUCAGGGUUCUUCAGCUAUCAUUAACAGAGCUGCUGCUGAUCAGGCGGCAAUGAGGUACAGGAGGUGUAUGGAGCAGUGGGGAGCUGUAGUAGCGGAAAUCCGCAAUACGGAAGGUUUCUCGCGAUUCCUGCUCCCUCCAUCAUAUGAAGACUUGCAAGUAGCAGCGCACGAUGGACCAGUCAUCAUCCUCAUUUCCAGCCAAUACUCCUGCAAUGCCGUCAUUGUCUCGACGUCAGGGCAGCCAUUCCAUGUUCCCUUCCCCUCUCUCGCUCUCGCUGAUCUCGCGAAGCUCAAAGACGACUUCAGAAUGGCGAUAUGGCAUGCAUCUCUCAUGGGCCUAAUGGAGUCGAGAACUGAGCUCAUAGUACUCUUGCGGAAGAUAUGGGAUGAGAUCAUGCUUCCCAUUGUCAAAGUACUCUGUCAUGAUCUUGAAGUGAAGCCCCACUCGCAAAUCUGGUUGUAUCCGACAGCCGCCUUCGCCUCCAUCCCUCUUCAUGUAGCUCAUCCUUCUCGAAUGAAAGCAGACGGAAGUGGGCGGGAACUCUGUCUCGAGGAUAUUUUUAUUUGCUCCUACACUUCCACACUUUUGGCACUAAUCAGCCAGCCAGGCGCAGGGCACGGCACGGCGCUUGCCAGUGUGGACAGUGAGCUCGAGCUCGUUCAUACACUCGUCCCUCCCAACAUCAAGUUCACUAGUCUUUCUGGAGAAGAAGCUACACAAACAGGUGCACUCCAAGCAUUGCGAUGCAAUACCUGGGUGCACCUCGCUUGCCAUGGAAAACAGGACCGCAAGAAACCAUACAACUCACACUUUGCCAUGAAAGACAAUCCCCUCAUGUUGCUCGACAUCAUGGAAAACGACACUCCAGAAGCUGAAUUCGCAUUCUUAUCGGCGUGUCAUACCGCAGUCGGCGAUGAAGAGACGCCCGACGAGGUCAUCCACCUCGCAGCUGGCUUGCAGUUUUCUGGGUUCAAGAGCGUGAUUGGCACGCUAUGGGUGGUCGAUGAUGAAGUCGCAAAUCACGUUGUUGAAGCUUUCUACGAGAAUAUGUUCAGGGUGUCUUGGACUGUACGAAGGCGGCCAAGGCACUCAAUCAUGCUACGCAUGCUGUGAAGAAGUUUGUCCCUCUCGAGCAGAGAAUUGUUUUCAUUCAUAUUGGUGUAUAGUUCUACGUCGUAUUGCUUUCAUCUAGUACGGAUUUGCAAAUUGUCGAUCUUCGAUGCUCUUUCAUCGCUGUUCUAUUUUUUUGUAGGAAUUACCAUGAUAUUGUCGUGCUUUUAGCUGUCCGUUUUCGCAAUCUCUGUUAUAU